GGGGUGCGCGCCCGCCCGGAGGCUGAGCGGGCGGCUGCGGAGCCGGUCUGCGGCUGGGCCCCGGGGCCGCCGCCGCCAUGAGCACGGUGGACCUUGCCCGCGUGGGCGCGUGUGUCCUGAAGCACGCGGUGACCGGGGAGGCCGUGGAGCUGCGGAGCCUGUGGCAGGAGCGGGCGUGCGUGGUGGCCGGCCUGCGGCGCUUCGGCUGCGUGGUGUGUCGCUGGAUCGCCCGGGACCUCAGCAGCCUCAAGGGGCUCCUGGACCAGCACGGCGUGCGCCUGGUGGGCGUGGGGCCCGAGGCCCUGGGCCUGCAGGAGUUCCUGGACGGUGGCUACUUCGCGGGAGAGCUCUACCUGGAUGAGAGCAAGCAGUUUUACAAGGAGCUGGGCUUCAAGCGGUACAACAGCUUGAGCAUCCUGCCGGCCGCCCUGGGGAAGCCUGUUCGUGAUGUGGCCGCCAAGGCCAAGGCUGUCGGCAUCGCGGGGAAUCUGUCCGGGGAUCUUCUGCAGAGCGGAGGGCUGCUGGUGGUUGCCAGAGGUGGUGACAAAGUGCUGCUACACUUUGUCCAGAAGUCCCCAGGUGACUACGCCCCCCAGGAGAGCAUCUUGCAGGCCUUGGGCAUCUCUGCGGAGGUCUGCACCAGUGAGCCGCCCAAGACCCCUGGAGGGAGGGAUCGGCAGCCCCUGGCCCCGGGAAGAGUGGCUGGCCUGACGGGGCCUCUGCUGCCUCUGCAGUGUGAUGAGGAGGCGUGCUCGAGGUGAAGGCCCGGCCUCUGAGGGUCUGGGAGGCAUCUCCUGCGCUGGGCACACGGGGGGCUGGAUGUGAAGAAGCUCCAGGACCUCUGGGCUGGGCUGAACUCAGCCUGGUCUGCAGGCAGCGACGCACAUUAAACUGCGGUUUC